CAGCGAGUCACGUGAUCGUGGCUCCAUUCUCGCCAUUUUGAGUUCAGAGUGAAGCACUUUUACACCACAGGAAUAAAAAAAGCAGCGCAUCACGAGCUCCGAGGCCAAAGAUCAGAUAUAACUGCCGCAUCAGAAUGGAGGACAGCAGUGGAGUCGCUGUCCUUGUACCUCACCCUAGAGGCCAGCAGGAUACCGUCUUCAUUCCCGACAGACGUCUUCAUGGUGCAGAGGACCAGCAACGACAGCAGCAAAAGCAGGCUGCCGACUCUCUUAUUCAGGUCAUUGAGAAGCUCAGCAAGAUCGUGGAAAAGCGACCCAGACGAUGCACUGUCUCUGGGAAAAAGAGACCCUUGAUGACCUGUGCUUCUGUACCCGUUCCAGACAGCAGGGGCAGCACAGAAGUGGUCACAACUCCGAAGAGAUCCAGAGAACAAAGGGACGACCAUCCGACAUCCAGCAGCACGUUCGAACAGGAGCCUUUGAGUUUAGGCACUCGGACGGUCACGUGCUACCAGUGCAGUAUGUGCCGAUUUAUCUCUCCUACUUUGGAGCUGUUAAAAGAGCAUCUGCUGCUACAUGACGAGCAGCACAGUGACCUUAUCCUCAUGUGCUCUGAGUGCCAGUUCACUUCAAACCAUCAAGAGGAGCUGGUGACCCACGUAAGACUCCACCUGGAGGAGGGCGAUCACGCCAGACACAUCAUAGAUGAGCAAGGGAUAGCAUCAGCAAGGAGUGUCCACCAGAAGAUGGCAGUGUUGAAGACAAAUAACUUGGAAUCAGAGAAGACAUCUACUCCCAAAAAAUGGUACAGCUUUGAGCAUGGCAGGUACCGUUGUCUUAUUUGCAACUAUGAAUGCAGACAACAGCGCAAUCUGAAGACCCAUGCGUGGAAACACGCUGGCCUGGUUGACUGCUCAUACCCCAUAUUUGAAGAUGAGACGGACUGUCCUGGCACCUUACAAAGCUCCAGUCCUCAACUGGUUCCAGCAGGUAAAGAGGAUACCAUAGUAGUUCUUGCAGCAGUUGGAGGCAAACCUCAGACCGUUCAAGGCUCCUCAAACCUCCAGCUAGAGCUGCGUGCUUCACCAGAAGUGAGAUGUCGUGGGGAGAAUGAAGCUUUGAAAACAGUGGAGACCAAACUCCCGAUGAUCAAUCAAGUGUUUUCUCUUAAAGACCCAGAGGAGCCCUUGGUCGAGGUCCAGGUGACACCAGAAGCCCAAAUGGAGCUGGAGUUGGAGACUGAGAGCCAACAGGCAAGUUCUGACAGCCUCCUGUCCUCUGCACAGAAGAUUAUCAACUGCAGCGGCAACAGCGCUGGCCACGUUAACGUCAUCGUGGAACGUCUUCCCUGUGCAGAGGAACCGGUGUCCAGCAAACCUCUGCUCCUCAGCCCUGAAGUAGGAGGAGACAAGAGCCUCCUUGCUUCUGAGGAGUCAGAAUUAGAGAGCCAACACGUAUACUACAAACAAAAGGAAGAGGUUGUGAUUGCCUGGAAUGGAGAAGAUCAACAACAGGAAGAAGAGUCGGUGUCUUCGAGUUCUCCCUCAGAUGAAAAUGUGCCACCGGUUCGGAGGAGGACUUACUCAGAGUCUCUUCGGCUGCAUUCUUUGGCUGCCGAGGCAUUGGUGGCCAUGCCCAUGAGGGCCCCAGAGCUUAGCAAAACCACUGCAAAAAAUAUUUAUGACCCGAGUGUUCAAAGUCCUGAUACAGGCCAGAGAAUUGUAGAGAUUUCUGACACUGCCAACCCUAAGGCAUCCUCAGGAGAGCUCACAAAUGCAAUUGGAGAUCCAGGUGCUCUUCUUAACCUUGGCCUCCAGAGUUCAAAAGAUUCUCGAGAUGUGCUGGUCGAGGGACCCUCCAAAGCUGGAAUCAGCAUGUCUCUUUUGACUGUCAUCGAACGACUGCAAGAGCGUUCUGACCAAAACACUUCAGACGAGGAUAUUCUGAAGGAGUUGCAGGACAAUGCUCAAAGCCAACAUGGAGGUGGAGUACCUGGGGGUGCCGCUGUGCCUGGUGACAUUUCCACUGCAGACAGUUUGGUGGAAUAUAUUGCUGGGAGCGAAAGGCCCUACCGCUGUCGACUGUGCCUGUACAGCAGCGGAAACAAAGGUUACAUAAAACAGCACCUACGUGUUCACAGACAAAGACAACCCUACCAAUGUCCCAUCUGUGAGCAUAUAGCCUGUGACAGCAAAGACCUCGAGCGUCACAUGAUCCACCAUUUCAAGCCUCGCAUGUACAACUGCAAACAGUGCACAGAGAGGUUUCACUACAAGAGUCAGCUGAGAAACCACGAGAGAGAUGGGCAUGGGAUAGACGACAUCAGCAGCACACUGACCCACGUCGCUGAAAGCGCAGCAAUCAUUGAAGAGCCAGCCAAGAUAACAGAUGACGAUUCGGUUGGUGAGCAGAGCGUUUUCAAAUGCGACGUGUGCGACUACACCAGCUCCACAUACGUCGGGGUGCGCAACCAUCGGAGAAUCCACAACUCUGAUAAACCAUACAGGUGCUGCAGCUGUGAUUUCGCCACAACUAAUAUGAAUAGCCUGAAGAGCCACAUGAAGAGACAUCCACAGGAACACCAAGCCAUGCAGCUGCUGGAGCAGUACAGGUGCUCUCUGUGUGGUUACGUGUGCAGCCACCCACCAUCUCUCAAAUCCCACAUGUGGAAACACGCUGGAGAUCAGAAUUACAACUACGAGCAAGUCAACAAGGCUAUCAAUGAGGCCAUUUCUCAGAGCAGUCGAUCUCCUGCUACACCUCUGAAGUCAGCACACGAGACUGGGGUGGAGCGUCCGUACAUCGUCUUGAGCAGAAAAGACAAACAGUCACACGAGGUGGCUUCUGCUACGGGUGGGCCAGAGGGUGACCCCGCGAGGGCGUCGUCCUGCAGGGAGCAGGCCGGGUCUGUGGCGUGGCGGGGCGGCUCGGGGCAGCCGCGGCCAGGUAUGGAAUACUGUGUGCUGCUCUUUUGCUGCUGUAUCUGUGGCUUCGAGUCCACCAGUAAAGAGCAGCUGAUGGAGCACAUGAAGCAGCACGAGGGAGAUCUGAUCAGCAUCAUACUGAGCAAGGAGCAGCAGGGAAGUCAGCCCACAGAGACCAGCAGCAGCCAGUGACGCACGCCUUUUCAUCCACACUGUUCUUCAGUCAUUUCUGCUUGAACAAGCGACAUGCACAACUCAAAACUUGCAUUUAUUUGUCAGUCUAUCUUUGUAUUGACGUUAGGUUCCGUUACUGUUAUCGACCAUGGACGUGUGAAUCAAAUAUUUAACAAAUGACUUGUACAUCAGUAGUAAUUUCAAAGGCAUCGUAUACCUCAUUUGGUGACAUUUAUACAUUGUAGAGUCCACACAUUAUGAAAAAAAGGCAGCUUCUCUCGUUCACUGUAAUAUUAUUUAUAGUUCUAUUUCUUAUGUGCAUUUACCUUUAAGGCGCCGCUUGCCACAGCGUCGCAUUUCGAGUGUAGAGAGGCAGAUUUCUAAUGUGUGUCAGUGUUUGCUUUGAUAUUUAUCAGACUAAUUUAUUUUAUAUGCAUGUUCCCCUCCGUUACGUUCGUACACAAUUUGAAAACGUGUUUCUGAUUACCAUCCAAUUAUGGUGCUAUCGGUCUUGCGCUCAGAAAUGAGGAAAAGAGGAGACGUCUUCGGGAAUGUAUCUUAAAAUCGUAAAGAAAUGUUAUGUACAACUGCGUUGUCAUCGAAACGGCACAAGUCUGAAAUUGGACCUAUAUUAAAAAAACGAACAACUGGAAAAGUGCAGCAGAAAAAAAAAAAUCUAAAACGGAAUAUAUGUAUAAAUUAUACUUUGCUAUUAUUAUUAUUAUUAUUAAACAUAUUGAUAUAUUAAGCUUUUAAAAAAAGUUACAAUGCCAAAACUUGAAGCAGUUUCUUCACUUUCUAUUUUCUUAUCAGCCUUUGAGUAUAUUAUGGCAGGAUUAUUAUUAUUAUAUUUUUUUUUUAAAUCUGCUGUAACUGGGUAAUGGGUUCAAAUGAUAUGUAUCAAUAAAAAAGGCAGUAGUUUAUAGAGUUGCCACAAUACCAGCUAUAGUAUCACGAUACCAAAUUGUACCACAGUACCUCUAUUGCUGUGUGGAUUCUUCUGCUUGCCAGAUGAUGUUUAUUAUAGUUUAUUUAUUAACUAUUAUUAUAGUUUAAUACUGUUCUGAAUGUUUUGGAGGGCAGUUUUCUAGGAAAGCCCAGGUUCGAGUUUAAACUUGGGUGUUCGUGUAUUUAAUAAGGAAUUGAUUCAUUACAAACAGACCCGAAAAUUUUCAGAUUUCAUCAAUUUUUUUCGUUUUUGCUCUUCUUUAUAAGACAGUGUCAAAUUAACAAGCGAUUCAUCUUGAAUUCCCACUUCCUGUGUGAAUGGCACCUGAAGCACUGGGCCUAAAGGCACGUCAUUGCUGUACCUGAGCCACGGUUGGCCAUUUCAUAACGGAGUUCAGCUCAACUGGUCCCGUCACCGUGGAAAACACCGGGAUGCAGUAUUGUGAUACUACAGCGGCAUCGUUAUAUUGUGAAAGCCUAGUAAUUGAGAUUUUGCUUAAUCACUACCUCGAAUCUACUACGCUGCGUCCCCUGCUCUUUUGACCUUGACUUUAACUUCAAGGGCCCUCGAUCUGACUUUAUAUGCAGCAUUUCCAAGGGACGAUUUGCAUACGGUUAACGUUUGUAUGUCAACAGUCUAAAAUGCAAAAUUAGCAUGAUUAAAAGGGCAUCCAUAAUUCAUUCAGGCUUCACACUGCCCAGUGUAUCAGAGAAAUUAACUCUUAGGAAUUAAAUCAUAGGAAUUUACAUACACGAUUAUUAUAUUCCAAACCUAAUGUACUAAUUUACAAUUCAAACGGCAAAUGCCACGGAAAUGCACGGCUUGCAUAUAAAUCACGUCAGCGCAUGCAUCGUAAUGAAAAUGGAUAAGAAACUCUGCAUCGAAAUUGCUUUCUCUCUUUAUAUCAUCGUUUUAGCACACAAACAUCUGUUGAGCGUUUGUUUCGGGAGGAUGUGUCUUUUUGUUUAUGUGCAUAAUGCACACUUGCUACUUUCCAAGUAAUGGCAUCAAAGAGAGAUUGAGCUUCCUAGAAGGUUCAUUUUGUGUUCCAGCUACUGCAUUUCAUUUUCUCUGUCGCUCUGCUGAUGUAGUCCAAAUUGAUCAAGAACCUACCAGUUGGUAUUAUCCCUUUUAUUUUCUCUCAGCGAACAGGAAUUGGCAGACACCCUGUACACAUUGUAUUCCAGCAAUCUUCUAACCGUUGUUUCUCACAUUUCUUCCUAGAACAAUUGCAAUACAUCUGGAAUGUAUUUAUUUUAAUUUUUUGUUUUCUAAAGAUACACAAUACGUUUCAAGUAAUCAGCAGGGCCUAGUGAGACGAUUGUGUUGUCGUUCACAGUGUGAGUCACGAGAUUCGGUUAUCAUCACAAGGACAGCGUCUCAGCCACAAGUGUGCCUUCCAUUUCAACAGCCUCAUUUUUGAAUAAGCUUCAGUCGAGUUCAGAAGUAUACCGUAAAUCUUAAGCCAAGCGGUCUCCCUGCAUCGAGUGCUCUGGCAUCUUAGAUUCUGUAUAAUGUGCCCUCAAAAAUUGUGUAAUGUAUUCGGACACAUGGUACUGUAAUACAGUUUUGUAUGUGACUUGCUGUAUGUGUAUAUAUAUAUACUGUAGAAACUGACAUUUUUAGAGGAAUUAUAUAUUUUUUAAAACUUGUAUAAACACUACAGAAGGAAAACGAAUCAAAAGAAAAGCAAAUGAAUCAAAAAUGACCUUUGUCUUGCCAAAGUGCAUCAGAAAGGGUCUUUACUGUGUGUAAGGGAACGGUUGGCAUUCGGAACUCCAGACAAGCACACUGUGUUACGUGCUGCGAUGCCAAAGGAGAGACAAAAACAUAGGAAUUCUACAGUUGGAAGGCCUCUCAGUGCUUAUUUCCUUUUCAAGUACAGAGGUCCAAAGGGCCCGUUUUAAUAUUAGUGUUCCGUUCAUAAUUAUUUAUUUGUUCUUUUGAAACGGUAAUGUUAUGAUUUUUGCCAGUGUAUUUUUGGUAAUAAAUAAUGAACAAUU